AUGUCUGCCGACCAAGCUCUCGAGGAGCGUAUUGAGGUUCCCUCCAUCCCCGUGGAUGCUCAGAGGAAGAUCGCCCACCUGGGCGAGGAGUUUGCUCGUGCUGAGGUUGAACAGAAAGAAAAUACCGGUGCGCCACAACAUUCCCCCUCCUCGCCCCUCUGUACAAGAAGCGCGACGAGCAGAUCAUCGCCCAAGCCCCCGACUUCUGGGUCCGCGUGUUCGCGAGCUCCCCCCGCCGAGAUCGACGAGUACAUCCUGCCCGUCGAUGCCCAGGUGCUGGGUGAUGCCCUGCAGAACAUGAAGGUCGAGCGGUUCGAGCUCAACGACAAGGGCGAGGGCGAGCCCCGCUCUCUGCGCUUCAUCUUCGAUUUCAAGGAGAACGACUGGUUCACCAACACCCAGCUCGUCAAGGACUUCUACUGGCGCACCCAGAUCGUCAAGACCGAGUCUGGGAAGAGCCGCACCUGGGAGGGUCUCGUGUCCGACCCUGUGCGCAUUAACUGGAAGGAGGGCAAGGAUGUCACCAAGGGCCUUCUGGAUGCUACCGUGGACCUGUUCGAGGCGGAGAAGAAGGCUGCCGGCAAGAAGCGGGCUGAGCUGCCCCAGUACGAGACUCUGGUGAAGAAGAUCCAGGAGGUUGAGGCUGAGGCUCUUGACAACGAGCCUGAAGAGGAUGAGGACGACGAGGAUGCUGACCCUUCCAGCCCAGUUGGCGUGAGCUUCUGGAACUGGUUCGGCUACCGCGGCCGUGAUGUCUCGGCUGAGGAGUCCGCGAAGGCUACCAAGGAGGACAAUGAGCGAUUCGAGAAGAUCCUGAAGGGCGAGAAGGUCGAUGGUGACGAGAAUGACGACGAUGAUGAAGAUGAUGAGGACUACAUCGAUGACCUGGAGGAUGCUGAGGUCUUCGAGGAUGGUCAGGACCUCGCCAUUGCCCUCGCCGAGGACCUGUAUGCCGAUGCUAUGCAGUACUAUGUUCAAUCUUUCGAGAUGGGUGAUGACCUUGACGAUCUCGACAUUGAGGACCUCGAGGCCCUCGAGAAUCUCGAGGACCAGAUGGAUGAAGACGAAGAUGAAGCCGAAGGCGAGGGUGAGGAAUCGCGACCCCGCAAGAAGGCCCGCAACUGA